UCAUCAGCACUGUGGAUGCGUGUUGUGAUAGCUGCGAAGUUUUGCUAAAAAGUUUUCGUUUGCGGUGGCUACACGCACAUACAUAUAAGAUACGUAUGCUAUCGCGAUGGAGCAAUUAACAAUACUUAAGCGUUACUGCAUAUAGUAAGUAACGCAUUUUAACGCUGGCGUCUUUAAAGAGGAAAGGGGCGUGCGCAAGCAAUAACGUUAUGUAUGUUGCAACAGAAUGAGUUCUUUCCAAAGCGCUGCGGAUGAGCUGGACGACUACGCUGUUCAACAGGAAAAUGAACUUGAAGCGCUUGCAUCUAUCUUCGGGGAUGAUUUUGAGGAUAUUCGGAAAAAACAACCAUGGAAGGUUAAAAGACCACCAGAAGUGUACCUUUGCCUGCGACCGAAGGGGCUGAGCAACGGACAAGAGAGCUAUGUAAAGGUGGACUUGCAGGUCAAAUGCCCACCGACAUACCCUGAUGUGCCUCCAGAGUUUGAGCUGAAGAAUGCGAAAGGUCUCUCCAAUGACAGUCUCCACAGCCUCCAGACAGAGCUCACCAAGCUGGCAGCAGAUCGGUGCGGUGAGGUGAUGAUCUACGAGCUGGCUGACUACGUGCAGGGCUUCCUGAGUGAGCUCAACGUGCCUCCGUCGCGCUCCUUCCACGAGGAGAUGCUGAAGAACCAGCGGCGGCAGCAAGAGAAGCUGGCCCAGGAGGAGCAGCAGAGGAUCGACCAGCAGCGCCGGCAGGAGGAGCAGAUGCAAAAUGAGAUCCUAGCUGAGAUCCAAAGAAGAGAGGAGGAGAAGCGGGAGGAGAGGAAGAGGAAAGAAAUGGCCAAGCAGGAGCGGUUGGAGAGCGCAUUCCAGCCUACGUCCGAGAGCCCUGUGUUGGGAACCUCCUACUCCAGCGGACCAGCCUCAGAAGCCACCGAACCAAAGAGAGGGGGCAACAAUCGUAGACGGACCAAUUCCAGCAGCCGCCACAGGCGGGAUACAUAUCACUCCUUCAGCAGUGAUGACAGCCCCCGGCCCCUAGAAGUAUUACACUUUAGCAGCAGCUCUCUGGGAGAUAUUACUGUACACAGAGGCAAAUGCAUAGGUACAAAUGAAAAGCUGGGCCGCAGCGUGUAUUAUGGGUUUGAGGCCAACACGGGGGACUUUGCUGUGGUGUAUGAGUGGAUUCUCCGCUGGAACAAGAAGAUGGGCAAGUUCUUCACCACUCAGGAAAAGGAGAAAAUCGAGAAGUGUAAAAAGCAGAUCCAGGGAGCGGAGAGUGAGCUGCAUUCGCUGCUGAAGCUAGACCACCCCCACCUGGUGCACUACACAGCACUGAGCCACCGCGAGCAGGAGGACUGCCUGGUGGUGGACCUGCUGGUGGAGCACGUGGCGGGCUGCAGCCUGUCCCAGAGCCUGUCCCGCGGCACGCCCGUGCCCCUGGACCGCCUGCGGCAGCACGCCACCCAGCUGCUCUCCGCCCUCGACUACCUGCACGCCAACUCGGUGGUCCACAAGCAGCUGUCGGCCUCCAGCGUGCUGCUGGACGCUGAGGGCGCCGUGCGCCUCACCGACUACAGCCUGUCCAAGCGGCUGACCGACAUCUGCAAGGAGGACGUCUUCGAGCAGGCGCACGUGCGCUUCGCCGAGGACGCCCUGCCCAGCAAGACUGGGAAGAAGGGCGACGUGUGGAGCCUCGGCCUGCUGCUGCUGGCCCUCAGCCAGGGCUGCGAGGUCAGGGAGUACCCGGUGGCUGUGCCCAGCAGCCUGCCCGUCGACUUCCAGGACUUCCUCCGCAGGUGUGUGUGCCUGAAUGACGCUGACCGCUGGAACACGCAGCAGCUCCUGGGCCACCCCUUCCUGAACCCCCCACCCCCCAGGACCCCGCCCCAGUGCCAGGAUGAUAGUCCAGAUGACAUGGGUGAUGACUUCGCCUCCACUGUCAUUCCCCGCGGCCACAUCCUCAACACUCCCUUCAGUUCCCACAUCCCGAAGCAGUUCUCCCGCUACUACAGUGAGUUUGAGGAGCUGCAGCUGCUGGGGAAAGGGGCUUUUGGAGCCGUCAUCAAGGUCCAGAACAACCUGGAUGGCUGUUACUACGCCGUGAAGCGGAUCCAGGUGAACCCGGCCAGCCGGCAGUUCCGCCGCAUCAAGGGCGAGGUGACGCUUCUGUCGCGGCUGAACCACGAAAACAUCGUGCGCUACUACAACGCCUGGAUCGAGCGGCACGAAACGCCGUCCGCGGGGUUGGUGAGCAGCGACAGCUCGGCGCCUGCCAGCUCCUCAGACAAGCCCCCCCGGCCCCCGUCACGCCCGUUCAACGAGCUGGGCCUGCCAGACAACGUGGAGGACGACGCGCCCCCGCCCACCCUCGCCAGCUCGGUGGAGUGGAGCACCUCCAUCGAGAGGUCGUCCAGCGCCAAGUGCAGCGGCGCCGACCCGGAGUCCAGCGAUGAUGAGGAUGACGAAGAGGAGGAGGACGUCUUCUGUGCAUCCUUUCUCCCACCUAAAAGUGAUUCAGAGAGUGACAUCAUAUUUGACAAUGAGGAUGGGAGCCGAGACAGCCUAUCCCAGGUGGAGCAAAGCAAGAGGAAGGGGGCAGACACCACAGAGAGCACCGACUCGGAGAAGCCGCUCAUGGUAGCGCAUCACCUGUACAUACAGAUGGAAUACUGUGAAAAGAGCACUUUAAGAGACACGAUCGACAAGGGCCUGCACCAGGACCGGAGCCGGCUCUGGAGGCUGUUCAGAGAAAUCCUGGAUGGGCUGGCCUACAUUCAUGAGCAGGGAAUGAUUCACCGCGACCUGAAGCCUGUCAACAUCUUCUUGGACUCUCAGGACCAUGUGAAAAUCGGAGACUUCGGCCUGGCCACCGACCAUCCUGCUAAUGUGGCAGCAGGCAAGCUGGAGCCUGAGGAAGGCGGCUCGGCUCUGAUACCUAAACCAGAUCCCACAGACAACAUGACCGGCAUGGUUGGCACUGCCUUAUACGUCAGUCCAGAGGUACAAGGAAACACCAAAGCCACCUAUAAUCAGAAAGUGGACCUGUUCAGCCUGGGGAUCAUCCUGUUUGAGAUGUCCUACCGGCCCAUGACCACCGCGUCCGAGCGGAUCUCUGUGCUGAGCAAGCUGCGAACGGAGGCCAUUGAAUUCCCUGAAGACUUUGUGGAGUACGAAAGUGGAACACAGAGGAAGGUGAUCACCUGGCUGCUGAACCACGACCCGGCCCUGCGGCCCACGGCUGUGGAGCUGCUGAAGAGCGAGCUGCUGCCCCCUCCCCAGAUGGCGGAGUCGGAGCUGCACGAGGUCCUGCAGCACACCAUGGCCAACGUGAACGGCAAGGCCUACCGCACCAUGGUCGGCCAGCUCUUCUCCCAGAGCAUCUCCCCUGCCAUAGACUACACCUACGACAUAGACCUGCACAAGGGAAGUUUUAAUGCCAAUAACGCCAGGUUACAACAGAACGUUUAUGAAACAAUAACCAGGAUCUUUAAAAAACAUGGAGCGGUGAGGCUCCAGACUCCCCUCCUCAUGCCUAGGAACAGGAAGCUGUACGAAGGCUCCGAGCUCGCCUGCUUCAUGGACCACAGUGGCAUGCUGGUCACCCUGCCCUAUGACCUGCGGCUGGGUUUCGCAAGAUUUGUGGCAAGGAAUAACAUUUCCAAUCUAAAACGGUACAGCAUCGAGCGGGUGUACCGCCCCAGGAGGCUAGACCGCGCCCACCCCAAAGAGCUGCUGGAAUGUGCCUUCGACAUCGUCACCCCUGUCACCAGUAGCUUGCUCCCUGAUGCAGAGGCCAUCUACACCAUCUCUGAGAUCGUCCAGGAGUUCAGCGCGCUCCAGGAGAGGAACUACAGCAUUUACCUGAACCACACCAGCCUGCUGAAGGCCGUCCUGCUGCACAGCGGCAUCCCUGAGGACAAGCUCAGCCACGCCUCCAACAUCCUGUGUGACGCCAUGGGCGAGAAGCUGACAAGGCGAGAGGUGGAAGCCAAGUUCUGCAACCUGUCCCUGUCCCCCAACAGCCUGCAGACGCUGUAUAAGUACAUCGAGCAGAAGGGCGAUCUGCGCGAGCUGACCCCCCUCAUCAACUCCCUGACCAAGCAAAAGACUGCAGUCACCCAGCUGGCCAAGCAGGGGGUGAAGGACCUGGAGGAGCUCACCAGCCUGCUGAAGAAGCUGGGCAUCAGGCUACAGGUGGUGGUGAACCUAGGCCUGGUAUAUAAAGUGCAGCACCACAGCGGGAUCUUUUUCCAGUUUGUGGCCUUUGUCAAGCGCCGCCGCCGCACCAUGCCUGAUGUCUUAGCAGCUGGAGGACGGUACGACCACCUGAUCCUAGAGUUCCGAGGUCCGAAGUCCUCGGGGCCGGUCCCCUCGGCGGUGGGUGCCAGUUUGGCUCUGGACAAGGUCUGCGCUGUCCUGGCCAACAUGGAGGAACCGCCCUUGGUGAGCAGCUGUGACGUGCUGGUGGUCCCAGUAGGCCAGGCCUCGUUGAACAGAGCCAUCAAUGUCAUCCAGAAGCUUUGGAGCGCCGGGCUUUGCGCAGACAUUGUCCACGAUGUUUCACAGUCCCAGGAAACGGUGCUGGAGCACUGCAGGCAAGCCGGCAUCAACUGUGUUGCGCUGGUCUCUGACAAAGAGGGAAACUACAUCAAGGUCAAGUCUUUUGAGAAGGACCGUCAGACGGAGAAGCGGAUUCCAGAAUCGGAUCUGGUGGAUCACAUUGUCCAAAAAUGUCGGACCAAAUUGUUUGACGAGAGGAACAGCAGGGAGAUAUCUGAGAGCGUUUCACUUCAGAAUCCCAAGGGAUCACUUCUGCUUACCUCAGGGUCAUGUGACCCACAUGGCAGCAACGCGGUGAUGAACAUGAAUGUGAACCUCAUCACACCGGAGAAGGUGUCCGCUAGCACCAGGCGGCGCUAUGAGACACAGAUACAAACCAGACUGCAGAAUCUUGGUAGCAAUCUGCAGAACAAGAGCAACGAUAUUGAAGUUUUAGCUGUUGACCUGCCGAAGGAAACCCUCAUCAACUUCCUGUCGUUGGAGUUUGACGGAGAGGAAGAGCAGUUCAACGUCAGUGUGAAGCACUUGCUCUCACGCCUGCCAAAGCAGCGCUACUUGAAGUCUAUCUGCGAUGAGCUCCACCGCUUCAAAAUAGUUAAAAGGGUGGCAGUGGUGGUAUUAUACAGCUACAAGGACGAUUACUACAAGAUCCUCCUCUGAGCCUGAAGAUGACACCGUCGCUCUGAAAGGCGUCGGCCCAGAAAACCCGCUGCGUCCUUACCUUGCUGCUUGUUUUCUUGCAGUACAGAAAUGCACAUUGAUGGUGGUUCACCAAAGAGCAGGAGCUGGAUUAAAAUGCUUUGCACUGAGAGUGCCAUUUCAGUUUUGCAAUGAAGGCCCAUCACAUUCAGAUUUCCCUUUUUUGCAUUUCACAGUGUUGCGUAUCUUUCUCACUCAUCCAAACCCUUGCACAAAUUGUGUUUGAUGACUUGGCACAGCAUUGUGAUAAAACAUCUGAGCAAGUAUUGUUAUAUAUAAGAAAUUAGUUUUAUAAUUUAAA